UACCUAUAAAUAGGGGCACGCCGAAACGUUGAAUUUAGUUCUUUAGUGACUUUCGUGCUGUGUGUGUAUAAUAGUAUAAAACAGUGAAAAAUGACUGGUCGUGGUAAAGGAGGCAAAGGCUUGGGAAAGGGUGGCGCCAAGCGUCAUCGCAAAGUGCUGCGUGAUAACAUCCAAGGUAUCACGAAGCCUGCUAUCCGCCGUUUGGCUCGUCGAGGCGGUGUGAAGCGCAUAUCUGGACUCAUAUACGAGGAAACGCGUGGCGUUCUGAAGGUUUUCUUGGAGAACGUAAUUCGUGAUGCCGUCACCUACACCGAACACGCCAAGAGGAAGACAGUUACAGCCAUGGAUGUUGUCUACGCUCUGAAGAGGCAAGGCCGCACCCUCUACGGAUUUGGCGGUUAAAAAAACUGUAAAUUCUGUACCCCUAUUAAGCAAUCGGUCCUUUUCAGGA